AAAAAAAAAAGCCGAACUCUCUCUCCAGGUUCAAGUUUUCGUGCCAAGCGACUUGCUACGGAAAACCUUUACUGACAAGACCUUCAACAGCUGAUCGUCGCCCUCGAUCAGAACGGCCGCGUUGAUCAAAAAUGUUCAAACCUUUCCAGAACGCCAAGGCUUCCGAGAGGGGCGGGCCUACGACUGCGACGGCGAAGAAGGAAACCCAACGGCCAGUUCGUAACCCGCCGCUCCCCUACUACGACUGGGCGAAGCAUGUUCGCAAAUUCGGAUUCUUCGAUCACUGGACAGAACACCUGGAUGUCUCGGAUGCCCAGGAGGAUGCCAAGGAGGACCCGGGCUCGGCAGACAAGCAAGAGGCCUUGGCCGAUCUUCUCGUAUGCCAGACCCAACACUGGGGUGACGCCAAAGUGGGAUUCUUCUUUGAUUCUGGCGGCCUCUUCCGCGCAAUGAAGGAGGCAAUCUCCCUGACGUCCCCGGACCAGGCGUCCCAGCUACUUCGACGGCAAAGCAAACUCGCCAUGUGCUACGAGAAACGGUACACGCUGAAGCAAGACGUGAACGACUUGCGAUCUGGCAUCCUCCUGGCUGAACACGUGGUGGACCAGACACCAAACUCUGAUCCCACAAAGCCGUUUCGCCUUACGUGCCUCGCAAACCUGCUCGGCCAUCGAUUCAAGAGGGGCGGCGAUCCAAAUGAUGGGCACGGGGCAGUCACGUAUGCUGCCCAAGCAGUUGAGCUUGGCGAGAGAUUGGAAUUAGCCAACGACGAUGCUGUUGCGCGGCUGAGGCGGACCCUCGCCGUUCUUUUGGAGGCGCGCUCUCACCGGACUGGCAGCCUGAGUGAUCUGGAGCAGGCUAUCCAGCAGACGGAGCAGGCUCUUGAGCGUAUAACUGCCAGUAAUCCGGAUCGGCUGGCCUACAUCGGCGAGGUUGGAAAUAUGCUUGUCAGGAAGUUCCAGAAAUCUAGAGACAAGCGUGACCUGGACAGCGGUAUCACGAAAAUGGAGCGAGCUGCAUCUGCCAUUCCCAAAGGAGACGCAAUGCUGCCGAGGCUGCUCGACAACCAGUCAAACGGCUAUCUCGAGCUGUACGGACAGACCGGGAACAUGGAAGUCCUGGCGCUGGCCGUCAAGAAGGCCGAGGCUGCACACAAAGCACAGUUCAUCAUUGACCGGACCUACACGCAGUCAGGGAAGUAUUUUAACAGCGUCGUGCGGAUGUACGAAGUUCAGGCGCAGGCAUCUCAACAACUAUUUGACGCAGGCAUGAUGGUGGCCUUUGCCAAAAGAGGUAUAAAAGAUCUCAAAACUGGGCAUCCAGACAAGGCCGAAGCUAUCGAAUGUCUAGCCGACGCAAUGGCUCUGGAAUUUCACAUAGCAGCACGCCUACGGCCAGAAAAGCGAGAAGAGUUCAUGAACAAGGCAGAAGGCCACUACCGCGAGGUGGCAGGUCUUGAGAAUGGCCAUCCCUUCACAAGGAUCCGCGUCUGCAAGAAACUUGGCGACUUGAGAUCGGUAAACAUGGACUCGGACGGUGCCGCAGAAGCAUAUGAAUUGGCCAUCAGCCUCUGGCCUAGGCUGAACCCGCGAACAAUGGCAAGGGAGGACGUGGAGUAUGUUAUCAGUCAGCUAUCUGGCUUAGGCCCCCUUGCGGCCUACUAUAUCUGUCGUUCCAAAAAAGGCCGGUCUGCCUCGGAAGCUCUCCACGCAUUGGAGUCCGGUCGCGGGAUCAUCGCCAGCUUGACCAUCGAGGUGUCUGAUCUGAAGAUAGAACAUGGCGAGCUUUACGAUCGGUAUACGGAGCUGUGCUAUAUCAUAUCUUCUCCCCUGGUGCGGAUUAGCCACGAUGGUUCCAGCCUCUCGCCUGCCGCAGCUAUAUCGCGCCGGAACCAGCAAGUCAAAGAUCUAAAGCUGCUCGAGGACCAGAUCCGUGCCCUGCCUGGAUUCAAAACGUUCCCACGCACACACUCCACGACCAACUUCACUAAACUUGCCAGCCGUGGGCCCAUCGUGUGCUUCAGUACCACUGGGGACGUUACUUAUGCGUUUCUUGUCACCAGGGACCAUGUCGAAGUUCUUCAGCUCGAGAAGAUCAAGCACGAGGACCUCCAAGCACAUGUCAAGCUAUUAGUCCGAGGAAAGUCCCCUGCUAGUGUCGCCACGUCGAGGAGGGCAGAAAACAACGAGCGCGUACGCGAGACCCUGCAAUGGUUAUGGAAUUGUGCAGUCAAGCCGGUCCUCCAACGCCUCAAAUUCAUCAAGAAAACCUCCCCGGAGAGGCUUCCGCGCAUAUGGUGGGUCACAAGCGGUCUCUUGGGUCUCCUGCCGCUACACGCUGCGGGGAGUGGUUGGGGCACCUCCACGGAGAACACCAUGAGCCAUGUUGUUUCCAGCUAUAUCCCGACCCUCAAGGCGCUCGCAUACGCCAGGAAGAAACAGCCGAGACCGCUGGGAGAUCCGGGUACCGAGCUCCUCGUCAUUAGCGUGCCCGAGAAGAAGGGAUACAAGAAACUGAAGGUCGGGGCCGAGAUUGACGGAGUGGUCAAGAACUUUCUGCCGGACACGGUGAAAAGUUCAGUCCUUUCGAUGCCGUCUCGAAAGGAGGCACUGGGGAAAUUGAAGUCAACAAAUAUUGCGCACUUUAUCUGCCACGGGAUUUCCGAGGCCAGAAGUCCUUCCCAGGGCGGACUAGAGCUAGCCGACGAACGACUGACAAUUCAAGACCUUAGUCAGCUAUCUCUCGACCAAGUGCAGAUAGCCUACUUGUCGGCUUGCUCGACGGCGAGGAACAAGAACAGCGAGAUUGUCGAUGAGUCGAUUGCCGUGGCGAGUGCCUUCAGUCUAGUUGGCUUUCCCCAUGUCAUCGGAACUUUGUGGGAGGCAAGUGAUAAGAUUGCCCAGAAGAUUGCCCCGAGAUUUUACAAGAUGCUCCUUGAAAAGAAACAGGAAAGGUUUAGUGACAAUGACGCUGUAGCCCAUGCGAUGCAUCAGGCGACGGUCAGCCUCUGGAAGGAUAGGACAAAUGCACAGGAAAGGGUUGAUGAGUGGGUGCCAUUUAUCCAUCUUGGAGCCUAAUGGUUAGUAGUGAUUAUAAUUAGUUAGAAUUAACCAACGGCGACCUAAAUAAGGGUAGUAAUUAUCCCAAUGCAGGUUGGCAGUGCUGCCACCACUGUCCCUACCCUAAUCCCAAUGCAGGUUGGCAGUGCUGCCACCACCUCUCCCUACCCUAAUCCCAAUGUAGGUUGGCAGUGCUGCCACGAUAUAGAAGCGAGGCGUAGGAAUCCGAAGCAUCGUUCUAGAUCGGAGCGGGUAGAGGAAAAGGCUAGGGCGGAGGAGGGGCUAGAGGGGCGAGUAGGCAAAGAUUAAGAAGGGCUUAACGGAGCUGAUAUUUGUAAUGAGAGUUAUAUAAUUAAAGGACGAAACAAG